AGCACUUUUCAUGAGAUAGGUUCCUAUGUGUGAACUACGCUUUGUGCUUGAUUUGUCAAUAAUUGAGGAUAAAGUUAAAUGCCGGAUUAAUUUGUUCGGCAUAAUUUAAGUAAAUUCGAAAAGGAAAAGAAAAAUCUGAAAACGAUGUGGCGUGUCCCAAAAUUGGUUCUUUGGGCCGAAGCCUUCUUUGCUCAAAUGAAAGUAUUAAUACCGAAGGUUGAAACGGUUUAGCCGCGGAAUACUUUCAUCGAGUACUUUUUAAUACUUUUUCUUGAAAUUAUAAGUCUUUUUAAGGGGAAUUCUCCUCAAUAUUUUAUUUCUUUCAAAAAUGGCAUCACAGAGUCAAAAUGCUAUGAAUGUAAGUUCAACUAUUUCACCGAUGAAUGGAUCAUCCGGAUCGUCGACGACCAUCUCGGUCUGUACUACGAAGAUGCAAUCUCUUACUUCUACACAAUCUUCACAAUCCUAUCAACAACAUUCAUCUCCAUCGUCGUCACCAUCGCCGUCGCCGUCACCAUCACUAAUGCAACAACAGCAUCAGACUCUACAAUCUAAUAAUAUAGAAGCAAUUGAUAAAAAUUCCUCCAAUACAUUAAAACGUAAUCCAAAAAUGGAAUUAAACAAAACUGAUUUAUUAAAACUAUUAGGGCAUCUUGAAGGAGAAUUACAAGCAAGGGAUAUUGUAAUAGCAGUAUUAAAGUCUGAAAAAUUGAAACAUCUGUUAAGUACUCGAUAUCUGAGUGGAACAUCAGAUCCACAUGCUGCACUUGCUCGUGAUGUUGUUCUAGUAGGUGGUAUGAAUGAACAUGAACCAAAUCAAAUAAAUAAACAAGUUGCUACUUUAGAAGCACUUGUAACACAACAAAGAUGUAUGCAGUUUAAAAUGGCCAAAGUUCUUAAAGAAGCAGAACUUAGGCAUAGAGCAGUUAUUAAAGAAUUAGAAGAAGAAAAACGAAAACAUGAACAUGAUACUGCCCAGGGUGAUGAUAUUACAUAUGGAUUGGAGAAAGAAAGAACACGAUUAAAAAAAGAAUUAGAAUUAGAAAAACAAGAAAAAAAAAGACUGGAAUUAGAAUUAAAAAAAGCAAAUGAGACUUUAGAAGAAGAAAAAACUCGACAGAAACAAAUAGUACUUCUUUUACUUGCUGAACGUAAAAAGAUAAUUAUGAAGUAUAUAGAAGAAAGGAAAAGAUCAGAAGAUUUGGCACAGAUAUUAAGCGAAGAAAAAGUUCGAGUAGAUUCUAUGGCUGAAGGGCUUGAAGAAGAAAGUAAAAAAUCAUUGCAAAUGGAAGCAGAAUUAGAAAAACAACUUGCACAAUUUGACAUGGAAAGACAACAAUAUAAGCAAGCUUUAGCAAAGGAAGAAAAAAGAGCUAAAGAUCUCGAAUUAGAAUUAGAUAAACUUAGAAGUGAAAUGGAUAUGUGGAAAGAGUCUCAAACACGAGGUUCUCCAAGAGGAGUGGGUACAACUCCACCACCUCCUCCAGCCAAACCAGCUAAUUUAGUUGCUAUGCCUACUGUUAAACCUGCUAAUGUAACACAGACAAUUAAAGGUACAGUGCUGGGCACUGGGACGCCAAUGGUUAGUAGUAAAGUUGUUCAGCCCACUGCCACGGUAUCUAGUGUUCCUGUCAGCGGUCCAACUACUGGGAUAGCUAGAUCAGUAACUCCUGGACAGGCACUACGCGGGGUCUCGUAUACGUCCAAUAUUACGUCUUCUACUGGUGAAACUGCGACAUCUUCUGAAAAUCAGGCUAUAGACAAACGUGGGGUUGUACCUGCUCCUGUAAAUGCUGGAGGCACGGUAAAACUUAUACCAUCGACGCAAACUGCAGGAAAGCUUGGUUUUCAUGUCGGCUCUGGUUCGACGAUUCAAACAUCUGGUAUGCUGCCCUCGAAAAAGCCACCAGUAUCUCGCGGCGUUCCUCCUCCAGUUCCACCGAAUAAACCGGUAGUACCACCUAAAAAGGAGGCUGCUUAUAUUAGAAGGACUGAAUCGCAGGCAACGCAGGACGCCGUAAAACUUGGUAAACAAGCUGCGGCGCAUCCUACUAGUGGAUCUCCUGCUCCGCAAGUCCAACAGGCAAUAGGAGCUUUUACUCAAUCCUCCGAUGAAGAGGUUAGUAAUAAAGCUCCUCUGCCUUAUUCAUUUUAUUAAUGCGGAAGGAUAAUUCAUCUUUAUUAUAAGUGCCAAAAUAUUUUAAGUGUUUCUGUAUUCUUCUUGUUGAAUUCUCUUCUUUUUGUCAAUAAAUUUUUAUCGAGUUUUCAAAAAAGUUAUAUCCAUAAAUUAUUAGAAUUUAUAAUUGAAUGUUCUGUUACGUGUAUUUUUACUUACUUACUUAGAAAGAGCAAUCUUAUAGAUAAUUAAAAUUGAAUGUUUUAUGAUUCACUAUAGAUACUAAAGAUUAAAAGAUUAAUUUUUUAGUUUCUUUUCAAUUUAUUUUUUAGUUUUCACUUAACUAUAUUUUUACAUUAUUUUGUAGAUAUUAAUUCUACAAAUAUAGAAUUUUAUAAGAUUUUAUCGAAAUAUCAUUUCGUAUUCUUAAGAUUUUACAUUCUAAAAUAUUACGUUUAUUAAAUAAUUUUAAAAGAGAAUAAAUUAUAUAAAAUAAAAUUAUUUACUUAAAAGAUAAAGAAAAAAAAUAUAAUUUUAAUAAUCUUAUAAAAUAAUUUUUUAUUUUUUUACGUAACGUUAAUUAACUUUUAUGUAAGUUAAUUUUGUUUCUAAUUUAAAAAUUACGAAAGAUAUAGUAACAAGAAUAGAAAUACUUUUUAAAGAAUGGUACUCGAUUAACUUCUUUGAAUACUCGAUGAAUCGAUGUUGUUUCUCUAUUUGAUCUCUCUCUUACAAGUGAGUACAAUUCAGUACA